AUGCCAUGGCUUGGACAAGAUACCAACUCGGACCACAUCUAUUGUGGGCAUAAAAGAAACGAUGUGAUGCAUAAUGUGGUCGGGCAAUUGAGAAAUCCUGUCUCCGGCGCUAACCUUCACGCCAAUUCUAGAAAAGCUAGGAAUAACAUAAACCUUCUUGACAAUGCUGCUAGUGAGAAGUUGACUUCAAUGGCUGACAUUCAAGGAGAGAUCACUGGGUUUUAUCAAAAGCUUCUUGGUGAAACUGAUUGUAAUGUGAAUGGUAGGAGUGUGGAGUAUUUUAAAGGGGUCCUAAAGCAUCACUUGGCAGAUGAGCAGAAGCAAAGUUUGAUUGCUCCAAUUACUAGCGAUGAGAUUAAAAUGGCUAUCUUUGCCCUUAGUGGAACAAAUCUCCCGGUCCUGAUGGCUACACAGCUGAGUUCUUUAAGGCUUCAUGGGGGAUAG